CAGACAGAUAGGAGCCAUGCCUGUGCGCUCGAGGAGGUUAUCAAAGUUACAGACUGAGAACAAGAAGAGGCUGAGGUCGGCUCUGAUCAUCAUCUGCUGUGUGUUUCUGACCUCAGUAACCCUGGCACUGGGUUUACACUACAUCAUCAGAUACAUAAAGUCAGAGUUUUACUUCUGCGAUCAGUCGCUGGCGUUUGUUCCCAUCGGAAAUGCGUGUGAUGGGAAGUUGGACUGUGCUUCUGGAGAGGACGAGCUCAACUGUGUGUCCAGCCUGAGGAUCAACACCACAUAUCCAGUGAGGUUGAUGGGUGAGAGUUUGAUUUUGCAGGUUUUCAUGAACAACAAAAUAUGGAGCACUGUGUGUGCAGACAACUGGAGAACGCAACACACUCGAUUAGCCUGCCAGCAACUGGGUUACACACAGAGCCCACGGAGUAUACAAGUGCCUGUAAUGAGUCUACGUCCUGACCUACAGACUGCAUUCAGUGUGGUGAACAACGAGGGCCAAGACGCAAGUGCAAGCAUUCAGAGUGUACUCAGUAUGGGAGAUCAGUGCACCUCUGGCUCGGUAAUAUCGCUGUCUUGCUCAGACUGUGGUGAGGUGGUUGGUGAAGACCGGAUCGUUGGUGGUACGGACACUACCAUAGAGUCCUGGCCAUGGCAGGUCAGCUUGCGCUGGCAAACACAGCAUGUGUGUGGAGGAUCGCUUAUCUCGACACGAUGGCUAAUCAGUGCUGCCCACUGCUUUACUGGAAAAACCAAAGAACUGAGCCAGUGGAGUGUGGUUUUAGGUCAAACCUAUUUGACCUCAUCUGGAGCCGUGUCUGUGGAAAGCAUCCUGCUAAACAAAGCCUACAACUCUGUGUCACAUGACUAUGACAUCGCCAUGGUCCGACUCUCCUCUGACAUUGUUCCUGGAGCCUCUAUCCACCCAGUCUGCCUGCCCCCAUACCAGCUGUCAGUCAUGGAGGGAGAUGACCUUGUUGUGACUGGAUGGGGUGUACUACAAGAGAACGGGCAACUGCCAGAUGUUCUGCAGAAAGCCACAAUUCCUUUGAUUCACAGGUCCGUAUGUUCCAAUGCAUCCAUCUAUGGUUCUGCCAUCACUCCCAGGAUGCUCUGCGCUGGCUUUCUGAAAGGAGGAGUAGAUUCCUGUCAGGGGGAUAGCGGAGGACCACUGGUGUUCCUGUCGUCCCGGUGGCACUUGGUGGGCAUUGUGAGCUGGGGACAGGGCUGUGCCCGUAAAGGUCUGCCUGGAGUUUACACUGAUGUCGGACAGCUACUGAACUGGAUUUACACCAUCAUGGAGAAAUACCCUUAAGAAUUCUAUGUAGUAAAAGUCUGCAUUGGAAGAGGACCCAUGAAGACAUAAAACAAAAAAUAAUUACCCUGCCAUCUGGGUAUCGGUUAAUUUGUACAUGCGUAUUGAUGGAUAUAUAUAUAUAUUUUAAAAUAAAUAUUAGGCAUCUGGGGCACUUUUUUAAAAUUUAUUUUAGUGUUUAGAU